GAAGCACCAUUUAUAGUUUUCACAUACCAUAUUCAGAAAGAUUCUGUAAAUUUUCAGAUGAGUUGACCUGGAGGAAAAAAAAAUGACACCAUGAAGCUUUCAUGGUCAUUUCUAAUUGCUGUCAUUUUACUGGCAACAAUAUUUACAGGCACAGCAAGGAAAUCUAAAAAAAGGAAAAAGUGUACCCUAAGGAGAAGUUUUAAAAUUGACUCUAAGGGGGACCAGUUUCUCAAGGAUGGAAAGCCAUUUAGAUUUAUCUCUGGGGAUAUGCACUAUUUUCGCAUCACAAGAUGCCAUUGGAGGGAUAGAUUUACUAAGAUCAAAUAUGCUGGCUUGAAUGCUGUAGCAACGUAUGUUGCUUGGAAUAUGCAUGAAGCUCAAGAAGGAAAGUAUGAUUUUGAAGGAAACAAUGAUUUGGUUGGUUUCAUUCAGAUGGCUCAAUCUGUUGGACUUCUAGUCAUUGUCAGAGCAGGUCCAUAUAUUUGUGCUGAGUGGGAUCUGGGUGGCUUUCCUCCCUGGUUGCUUAGAAAUUAUACAACAGCAAAAUUGAGAUCAUCUUCAGACAAAGGUUAUAUUGCUGCAGUGGAUCGCUGGAUGGGUGUCUUGCUUCCAAAGUUAAAGCCACUUUUGUAUGCCAAUGGGGGACCAAUCAUUGCUGUUCAGGAGUUGAUCCUGCUGUUCCUUUUACCCUCCUGCGAAAAUAUCAACCCAACGGACCUCUGGUGAAUUCUGAGUUUUAUCCUGGCUGGCUUGACCACUGGGCUGAGCAACACCAGACAAGGAAUGCAGCAGAAUUUGCAAUUUACCUUGACAAAAUCCUUGCACUGAAUGCCUCUGUUAAUAUGUACAUGUUUGAAGGUGGCACCAACUUUGGUUUCAUGAAUGGAGCCAAUGGCUAUCAAGAUAGUCGCGUCUUCCAACCACAGCCUACCAGCUAUGACUACGAUGCUCCACUGACCGAAGCAGGAGACCCUACUACAAAGUAUUUUGUAAUCAUGGAAACCAUCGCUAAAUAUGCCACAGUCCCCCCAGGUCCUGUCCCUCCCCCCACGCAGAAGUUUUCAUAUGGAAAGGUUAAUAUGACCAAAAUCAGUUCUAUUUUUGAUGCCCUGCAUUUCCUUACACCAUCUGGACCUGUUUUGAGGAAUGAUACUUUGAGUAUGGAGCAGAUCGGGCAGAACUAUGGAUUUAUCUUGUAUCGAACGAUUAUACCCGUCAGUGGUCCUGCAGUAGACCUAGGAAUCCCUGGACUACGGGACAGAGGAAUUGUGUUUGUGAACCAGGUCCGUCAAGCGACACUUAUUCGAGUAGGUGGAAAGACCAAUGCCACCAUAGAAGUUAAAGAAGGCGCAACCUUGGACAUCUUGGUGGAAAACAUGGGCCGGGUUAACUACGGCCCCCAUUUACAAGACCCAAAAGGGAUCCUUGGAAAUGUGACCCUUAACGGCGCGGUCCUCAGAAACUGGACCAUAUACCCUCUGCACCUAGACGAUUUUAUUGGUCGUAAAAAGUCUUCAUUGAUAAAGCUCAAAAGCAAAAGUAGUGUUCAAAUCCCAUCGUUUUAUCAUGGGAACAUUCCCCCUGCACCAGAAGGUAUCCCAAUGGACACGUUUCUCAAACUUCCUGGUUGGUUUAAGGGUCAGGCUUUUGUAAAUGGAUUCAACAUUGGACGUUAUUGGCCGGUGGUUGGACCCCAGAUCACCCUGUAUGUCCCAGCGAGCAUCCUUAAUUCGGGUAAGGCAGUAACCGAAGUUGUUCUAUUGGAGCUAGAUAACGCUCCUUGUGAGGACCCCAAGGGCUGUUUUGUGGACUUCGUGGAAACACCUGUGAUUGAUGGACCUGUGCGACCCAUGACAUCAAAGCAAAUUUUGCCAGAUGAGGUUUACGACGACUGGACUGCGAAAUAUAAGGACUUUUUACCCUCCUACGUCAAGACAAAGAAACAAGUUUUAGAUAUCCUCAGUUCUCGGCUAUAGAUAAGAACGAUUUAAAGUUGUGUGAAUCCUUUAAACCCGAUGAAUGACCUGCUUGUAAUUUCUCCUUACAAUAAUACAGCUCAGUCAUUCGUUAAGAUCACGAGAAUAAAGGAAAUGAUCACCAGCUUGGAUUGUUAAACAAAUCCCCCUUGUCAUGAGAUUCAACUAGAUUAGAGUAUAACGAAUAUGGAUACUGAUGUUAGGGUUUAAUGGGUGAAAUGAAUAUUUUCAACGAAGAUACGACUGCAGACAAAUUGGAAAUUCAAUUGCUGCUAAUCCAAUUAAAUAAGAUAAAUUUAUUUUUGGUGAGGACUUGUAUUAAAUUUUACUUAGUAAUUACAAUAAGAUAUAAGGAAUUUCUCCCAAGGUGAACUACAAACAAAAAAUGUGAAAUAGUAAGUGAGGUGAUAAACUCUGAAGUGAUAAACUCUGAAGGGGUUUUGCAAUAGUGUAAUUCUUAUAUUUAUGGAAACGAAAAUAAUUGUAUUUGUAACGUGAUAAACACGGGUUGUAAUAAUAUUUGGAACGAUGAUGCGGUCUUAUUACGUAAACAGAGAUAUUUUUAUGCUUAACAUUUUAGGAAAAACUUUUGAUAGGAUCAACAGUAAUAAAAUGGGUAGUAAUUUUAUGA